AUUUGAUGUCACUGCCGCACCUGCGCAGCCAUCUUGUACUUCGAGCGAGGAGCGUACACAGAAAGAAAUCAAAAGGAUCAAAUAAACCUGUCAAAUCAGAAGACAAUAGGAAUGUCGCUAAACGUUAUAUAGCCCCAUAACGAUUAGACACCCAAGAAGGACAAGGUUAGGUAAACAAGACGGUGAAAUAGACAUUCAAGUGCUUCGGAUAUCGAGACCGACAAGUCAUCUUUUGCUUGUGAGUGAGAGGAGGAAGGGACAGUCAAAUCGCCGAAAGAAAAACACAUCCCGAACGUCAGUCAAAUCAUGAAUCCAGAAUAUGACUACCUGUUCAAGCUCCUCCUUAUUGGUGACUCCGGUGUGGGAAAGUCCUGUCUUCUGCUCCGCUUUGCUGAUGACACCUACACAGAGAGCUACAUCAGCACCAUCGGUGUAGACUUCAAGAUCCGCACCAUCGAGCUGGACGGCAAGACCAUCAAACUACAGAUUUGGGACACUGCUGGUCAGGAGAGGUUCCGCACCAUUACCUCCAGUUACUACAGGGGCGCCCACGGCAUCAUCGUGGUCUAUGAUGUCACAGAUCAGGAGUCGUACAACAAUGUGAAGCAGUGGCUGCAGGAGAUCGACCGCUACGCCAGCGAGAACGUCAACAAGCUGCUGGUGGGGAACAAGUGUGACCUCACCACCAAGAAAGUAGUGGACUACACAACAGCCAAGGAGUUUGCCGACUCCCUGGCCAUCCCCUUUCUGGAAACGAGUGCCAAGAACGCCACCAACGUGGAGCAGGCCUUCAUGACCAUGGCUGCUGAGAUCAAGAAGAGGAUGGGCCCCGGGGCCACGGCUGGAGGGGACAAGCCCAACCUGAAGAUAGACAGCACCCCUGUCAGGCAGUCUGGAGGGGGGUGCUGUUAAACUGGACUCUGUUCUGGAUGCUCUCCUCUUCUUCACUCUCCCUGCUCUGGGCUUCACUUCCUCCACCUCUUAAUCCCUCAGCCUCCCUCCCAUCUCCCGUUCUCUUACUCUUGCCGCGGGAUGGGUGGUUGGAUCGGGAGAGGUUGAGAGGAGGGGUGAGAACUGGGGACUGACUUUAAGACCGUAUCUCCCCCCCAAAAAGUAAAGAGAAAAGUUAAGUGGGGGUUAGGUUGAGAACUUUUUUCUUCUUUUUUUCCCGAGCGAUGAGUCAGGAACGUAAACAGAUAUGAGAAAAGAUUGGUAUUGACUUAGAGGAGAACUGGGUGAUAGAAGAUUAGGUUUUAGAUUCCGGCGAGCGUUAUCUCUCUCCCUCUCCUGUGUACACACACACACACACACACACACACACACACACACACACACACACACACACACACACACACACACACACACACACACACACACACACACACAGACAGAACAGGGGGCGGAGUGAUUCUCCCAUAGGAAGUCGUCACAGGUGAGGUUUUCUUUCCUUUAGGCUAUGUCUGUCAAUAGCAAAAUUCAGUUUAGAGUGCUACAAUAAUCUGUCAUUUAUGUAUUGGACCUGUUUUUAUCUCAGACUGCUGGGGUGCCUUGUAGUCAUGGCGACGUGUCACCAUCUUAAGUCUGUUUAUAGGUAUCAAGUGAGUGACGUGUUCAAUCUAGCCUACGGUCUACGUUCUACAUGCAAUAGUAACACUAAUGCACUAUUUAAAGCCCUGUAUCCAUCCAUCCAUUGUAGGAACUGAAUUGGCGUUGGGGCAGACUGCAGACAGUCAUGCACCACUACCAGCGUACUAACUACUGAGAGGAUACGGGUAUCUAGGCUACGGGUAUCAUAGAAAUAGAAUGAGUAGACUGGACUCUGAAGGCAUCAGCAGAGAGGGGAGAGACAUACACUUUGUGUGGAGAAGAGGGUGCUGGGAUGGAUAGCUCUGACUCCUCGUAGAGCCUGAGCUUUAGGUGGAUUCGACACAGAACAGGAUAACUUUUGGUUGAACUUGGAAUCACUCCUUACCUUCAUCCCUCUACAUGCAGACGGGAGGGUUUAGUGAGAGAGACUUUUGGUUUUUGAGUGUUUUAAUAUACUGUACGGUGUUAGUUAGCUCACAUCACUCCUCUUGUUAGGAUUUCACAUGUAAAGACAAAACAAAAAAAAAUGACACAAAUAUUUGAGAUAUGCUUAAGUCAUGUUUGUAUGUCUUUAAGUUGUCAGGACUCUAUAUUACAGUAUGCCCAAUGUGGUUCUUCAACAUAAACAGACAGUGUACACACACACACACACUGAGGACGGGGCAUGACGUAGUACUAGAUUAGUGGAGGGAGUAUGUAGGUGCUUGGGCAAGUGAUAUUCAACUAAUUAACAGGACAUAUGAAACAAGAAAUUGGCAAUAUUCUGUCUUCAUAUUCAUAGAUUAUUGUUCAUCUUAUUUUAUUGUUAUUACAAUGAUUUUAUUAUUUGAUAUUUGUAUUUUCUGUAGUUUUUUUCUAAUUGAAAAAGCUUGUAAAAAUUGCUUGAAAUGUUGUCCAACUUUAUCGGGUGGGUUGGGAUGUUGUUUUUCGGUUUGGUCGGGGGACUUAGGGAGUUGUCUCUGAAAGCUACUGUUCCCUCCUGUGCCUCACUGGACUCCUAAAGAUACUGACCGUGUGCGUAACUUCUGAAGCAUGUCACACCACAGGUUCUUUACGCCUUGGCCAUGACCGACUUCUCAGACCGUGUUGCCAUCCACCAUUCGUCAUCACGUGUCCCACAGUGCAUUUCUUUUAUGGUUGUUUGGCUUUGAGCAUGUUAUGUCAUCAUGGUCACGUUACGGUCGUCAUGUUACGGUCUUAGAAAAAGUCCUAGAUUCUGGUUGAUUGGGUCGGAGUGAGUUUGACUGCUUGAACGUUCAGGGGUAGCAGGGACUGACUGGUUUUGGCAUGCAGACCGGAUAUGAACUCCCAUCAGCCUCCUCUUUAAGCCAAUCAAUAUAUUACAACAUUGUUCUCUGAAUGGCUCCUAAUACUCAUUGAUAAAACUAAAUCUGGCUUGGACUUUCCCGGUCGGUCUUCGGCAUAUAGUUAAGGUGGCACAGCCUCGGCCUCCCGGUCGGUCUUCGGCAGAUAGUUGAAGUUGAGGCGGCACAGCCUCGGCCUCCCGGUCGGUCUUCGGCAGAUAGUUGAAGUUGAGGCGGCACAGCCUCGGCCUCCCGGUCGGUCUUCGGCAGAUAGUUAAGGUGGCACAGCCUCGGCCUCCCGGUCGGUCUUCGGCAGAUAGUUAAGGUGGCACAGCCUCGGCCUCCCGGUCGGUCUUCGGCAGAUAGUUGAAGUUGAGGCGGCACAGCCUCGGCCUCCCGGUCGGUCUUCGGCAGAUAGUUGAAGUUGAGGCGGCACAGCCUCGGCCUCCCGGUCGGUCUUCGGCAGAUAGUUGAAGUUGAGGCGGCACAGCCUCGGCCUCCCGGUCGGUCUUCGGCAGAUAGUUGAAGUUGAGGCGGCACAGCCUCGGCCUCCCGGUCGGUCUUCGGCAGAUAGUUGAAGUUGAGGCGGCACAGCCUCGGCCUCCCGGUCGGUCUUCGGCAGAUAGUUGAAGUUGAGGCGGCACAGCCUCGGCCUCCCGGUCGGUCUUCGGCAGAUAGUUGAAGUUGAGGCGGCACAGCCUCGGCCUCCCGGUCGGUCUUCGGCAGAUAGUUGAAGUUAAGGUGGCACAGCCUCGGCCUCCCGGCUCAGAGCUCCAUGUAGUAACGUGCAAAUUGCAGCCUGUAAAAACUGUGAUGUCCAAUGUAUACUGACGAGUUAGUGAGCGCUUACUGUCUGCAGAACACGGCUACCAACCAGUCUAUGGCAUUAAUGUCUAGAAGAGCGACGCGAGGGCUGAAAGCGGGUUCAUAGAAAGUAUCUGUUGUAGAUGUGAUUCUUUAGGGUAGUAGAUACAGCAGCCGUCUUAGCACUAACGUUAGCGUGUUGUCUUUUUGGUAGAGCCUUUUACAGAUGUGGUUUGACCAAGCCUGUGACGCGAUGCAAGACUCAACCAGACUGGAUUGUGUGCCAGCCCUCAUUUUAUGCUCAUUCAGUUUGGUGUGAUGAAUUUGAGGAUCUGGUAGGCCUAAAGUAAUCGCUGGAAGGAAGGGAGAGAACAGUAGUGUGUGGGGUCGGGGACGGUCUGUGUGCGUGACCUUCCUGCUCCCUGAGCACAGGUCGGCUUUUCUCUGAAAUCUCACAAGUCCUUCUGCGAAUGAAACGAUUGUUUGCAACUCUCCACACAGACACACGCACACUCGGUCACACAGACUCGCUAAAUUGAACGUUUCACGCCAUAACAGUGGCCUUUUUGAUUUGUUCUGAAUGUGCUUUUCUUAUCAAGAAUUCUUGAUAUUCUACUGAUUUUAAUAUAUUAAUUGAAAAUAUACUGUGGUAAUAUUGUGUCCGGUCCAUCGACGGAUAUGAGGGAGGGGUUUAGGAAAUGUGGGUGGGACAACACGUGGGGGUAAAGUUAGCGGCGGGCUUUGUUUGGGCUCGUGCUCAUGAAUGUGAUUAUGAUGGAACUGCUAAAAUCUUAUUUUUUUGUGUUUUUCUGUGUAAUUUUCACAUCUUUGUGGCUCUCCCAUGGCUUAAUAAAGGAACACGUGUUCUUUAAUACCGAGCAUCAUGCAGGUCUCCUCCUGAUCCUCACUUUUUUUCAGUUUUUCGCUUGUCCACUUUGGUGCUCUCUGUCUCACUGCUGAGUUUGAUCAUGAUGUUUUUUUAUGUACAUAUUAUAAAUAUAUAUAUAAUAAAAUGAAUAAAAAAGAUCAAUGUCA